AUGGCACAUAGUGCUGGUGCUCCAUACGCUCUCGCUUGUGCUAUCAAAAUUCCUCAUAAACUACAGGGUACCAUAUUUCUUGUAUGUCCCUGGGUUAGCACAACUGUGGCGAAUAAUUUCAAAUGGUUAAGGUUUGUUCCUACACCAGUAAUGAAAUUUACAAAUUCUGCUGGCAUAUCGCUACAACAAAUUAUGCAUGGUCGUCAACCAUAUUCAACCAAAAAUUCUUCACAUCGAACUUCUGGUGCGUUGACUGCCCAAAUGUCAAGUUUUGAGAAAAAGCAACAACUUGGUUUAGCAAUUCUCAAAGCUUCUUUUGCUGAAAAUUUAUCUGGUGCAAACAAUGAUUUAGUAAUGUGCUUUGAGCGGGGACGAGCUUUUGGAUUUUCUUAUGCUGAUGUAGAUCAUCCUGUUCAUGUUUUCCAUGGAACAAAAUUUAUUCGAAAUGCUACUACUCGUAGUAGUGGCGGUGGAAGUUGUGGAAGUCGGAGAAGAAGGC